AGUCAGUCAGUAUUUGAGGAAGAGUGAGACAGUUCGGACAACAUAGGAAAAGACUUUGACUCUAUAUAUUUGAAUAAUAGAAAAUUUUUGAUAAACUGUUUAAGAACUCUUUUAUUAUUAUUUGCCUUCCAUGAAUCAUGAAGAAGACCCUUGAUAAUUUAAUUUAAAACCGAAUUAUAGUUAUAGUGAUGUAAAAACGAAACUGGAAAAUAUGACAAGAUUUCCAUUAAAGCAAUGGCUGCUAUCUUCAUUUCUUCUGCCAAUAGUCAUUAUAAUGCUUCUUUAUAUUCAAUCGGAAAUAAAUCGACUGGACAAAUCGAGAGUAAAUUUAGAACUCGUCGUGCAGCGUUUAGAAACCGAACGUUUCAAGAAAGCCUCGCUCAGCAAUGAGGAAAUUUGGGCGAAUACGGGUGAAGUGACACCGAAUUCUGAUGAAAUGGUUGUUAUUUAUAAUCGUGUUCCAAAAACUGCUUCAACUUCAUUCGCUGGAAUUGCUUAUGAUUUAUGCCUCAAAAACCACUUCAAUGUUCUUCAUUUGAACGUGACGAAGAAUUCACACCUUUUAUCUCUUCCCGAUCAGGUAUGUAGCCCUCUUAAGUAUACGACUUUUUGGAGUGUUUAUUUAUACGGUAACGCGUAUCGUGUUCGGCAUCUGCAACAUUUUUUACGCAUGCACCCUCGUGCCUUGCAUUAAUUCGACAUAAAUCCGACGUUUUUACCGUAAAUCGCGCCGAAAUGACAUUAAAUUAUAGUUCUCUGUAUGACAUUUGCUAGCAUUUUUUUCACUUGCAUUGACUGCAAAAGAGAAAAUGAGUGACGAGAAGAACUAACGAGAUUUCAUCAUUUCCUUAUUUCGUUUCAGAUGCGUUUCGCUCAAAAUAUAAGCAAAUGGGUUGCUAAAAAGCCGGCGCUUUAUCAUGGACACAUUGCCUAUUUAGACUUUUCCAAGUUAGGAGAGGGUUUGAUCAAGCCUAUCUAUAUAAAUAUAAUAAGGGACCCGUUGGAAAGAUUGGUUUCAUAUUAUUACUUUCUGCGGAAUGGUGACGACUUUCGGCCCCAUUUAAAGAGAAGAAAAUCGGGAAAUAAAGAAUCUUUUGACGAAUGCGCUGAGAAAGAUGGAAAGGACUGUGACCCAGAAAACUUAUGGAUGCAGAUACCUUUCUUUUGUGGCCAUGCUGCAGAAUGCUGGUAUCCAGGCAGCAAUUGGGCUCUAGAACAAGCAAAGUACAAUUUAGUCAAUAAUUACCUCGUUGUCGGAUUGACGGAAGAAUUGAAUGAUUUUGUUGCUGUGCUGGAAGCAGUUUUGCCUAGAUUUUUUAAAGGAGCAACACAUUUAUACGGCACGGGACGAAAGUCACAUCUUAGGAAAACUUUCAAUAAACUUCCAGUGUCGGAGGAGACUAUCAAUAAAUUCCAAGACUCUCCAAUUUGGAAAUUAGAAAACGAAUUUUACCAAUUUGCCAAGUACCACUUUCAUUUUAUUAAGAAACGAACAUUCGCCCUUCUUAAGGACGGACACCUGCAGCAACAACCGUCGCAAUUCUCUUUCGAAAAAAUUCGACCACGGUGACCACGAGAGUGGAUAAAUGAUUCGACUCCUUCUAUCUCUUUUGUUACUCCACUUGCCAGAUACUUUACCCUGAUCCGUUUCACAUGAUAAUUUAUUAAAAUGUUUUUUUCUUUUUGGAAAAAAUUUUUGUUAUUGAAUUAAUUUCUGAACAAUAGGAGAGAAAAGCUAUUUGUCUUUAAUGAUAAAGUCAAAUUUAUUUUACUGAUAUAUCCGUCUAUACUGACGACAGAUCGUCUAGUAGUGAAUGAUGCCUUGAGAUAAAGACAAAACUCGUCUCUGUUUACAAAGAUAGCGUUGAAGCCUCGUAAGUGUCUCUGCGUCCAACACUAUUACAAUCUAGACUUGUGAUUGACCGCGUAAUUAGAAAAUAAAUUACUUUCGAGGCUAGCGCCAUCUACCGUUUAUUAAAAUUUGUGUAAAUUAACAAUUUUCUUGCAUAGUAAAAUUCAGUUCUUAACGAUCUAAAAUUUAAAUGACUAUAAUUUCUACUAUUCUUCCGGUUUCAAGGAACACGGUCUUGUGAACUCUUGACCUCUUUCGUGUAUCCAUUUGUUCGCCACCCAUUUCGAUCCAGUCAGAACCGGACAUCCGGCGUGUCUGGUUCGAUAAUCGCCCUCUGUACUUUUCAUGAGAUUGUACCAGACAGCACACGAUCGAGCCUCUGGAUAUAAUUUAACGCCCAGGUUCGGGAACGCCGUUACACCGCCCGCUUCGACGUCAGUCAUCUGCAAAUAGUUUUCAAGGAAAAAUCAAUUAUUGACGAAGGAUUGUAAGAUAAUCUUUAUGGGAAAUAAAUAGCUAGAUAAAUAGGUGUUGUUCAAUCUCUUCGGAAAACUAAAAAAAAAAAUCUUCCUAUUCAAGUCUCAAAUCGAUUGUUCCAGCUCUAUGACUUACAUAGAAAAUGGCUGUAGCAAUCCUUGUACCCCAGGCCUUUUCUAGUUCAGUUGGAUUUUCUCUCUAUAAAUAACAAAAAAAACAAAAAAAAAACAAGAAGUCGCAAAAUAUCAACCCUAAAACAUGUUAUUAGGCUUUUAGGCCUACUGCAACACCAUUUUUGCGUCUUCCCGUUUCUCCUUUUGUUUUUUUUCCUCAAAGAAAAGGAGAAGAGUUUUGACACUUACAUAAAAUAUGACAGUGGCUAUUCGAUUACCACGCCAUGAUUCGAACGUAUUUAUUUCUCUCUUCUGCAAAAAAUGAUGUGUGCAGUAGAAAACUAUUUAAGAACGAUACUUUCUUUAAAAAACAAAGGAAAAUAUCGCUUUAAAAGUUGACUAUGAUCAUUUAAUUAUCAUAUUCUGAGAGAAAGAGAGAGAGAAUGAAUAAGAGACGAAAAGAUUUAAAAAGAUACAUAUUUCUUUAACAUUUUAUCCCGUCUCUGUAUCCCUCAUUUUCUCUCUAUCUCUUGCUCUUUUUCUUGAUUCUUUUUUUCUUUUUCCUUUUUCAAUGCAAUUUAUGCCUAUUCUUACCCUGGCAAAGUCGAAAUGAGGUUCGUAAUGACCACCAAUACCGUAAUUAACGACCUGUUGCAAGAAAUAACGGUUUUUAUCAAUCAAUUUCACAUUUACUUUGAUCUCUUGGGGCAGCUCGUAUCAAUAUUACAAUAUAUUCUCUUGGCUCUUUUUGAUAUUUGUAUACCUGUAAAUGUUCAGCAGUAGGUAAUGUUAAAUUGCUCAUCAAGUGAAUCUUUCCAGAAAAUGCUCGUAUUAGAGGAUCAUCAUUAUCUGAUAGCCAUGCGCUAAGAAAAGCCAUAAAAUUCGGUUUUUGUUAUAGAUAUUUAUAGACAAUAUAUAUUUAUAUAUAGUAUAAAUAUACUAUAGCCAUUCAUUUUAAAUUUUAAUUAUAUCUCGAUGACUUAGUUUUGUCAAAUCGAGAAGGACAGAGAGAGAGAGAGAGAAGGAGAAGACGUUUAAUAAACGUCAAGGUCUCUUUUAACUGUUAGAUAAGUGAACUAAGGCAUUAGGAGAAGGGCGAGAAAGCAUAUUAAAGCACUAAUAAAAAUCAAAUCAAAGGGAUGCUUUUAAAAGGAGCCAAUAACUUAGGUAAUUAAAACUCGCAUGCUAAGCGAUCUAAUAAUAUCCAUUGAUCUGAGCUGCCCUCUUUUCCCCAUUUUUUUCAAUUAAUGAAUAAUAUCUAUAUAUAUAUUUAUAUAUUGCCAUUCUUUCUUAAGUACCUGCAAUUCUUCAGCAGUUUCCAAAGUUAAAUUUGUCAUUUUAUUGAUUUUACCGCUGACAUGGGCAAUUAUCGGAUCUUCAUGAUCUUUCAACCAGGCACUACAUAAAUGAUUAUAAUUACUUUUAAAUAUUUUCAAACUAUUUACAUAUAUAUAUAUAUAGCAUGUAUAGCAUAUAUAGCAUAUAUAAAUUUAUAUAUAUAUAUAGUAUAUCUAUA